ACAGUUGUAUUAAUGGAUCCUUAAUUCUAAUAAAUUCCAAAUUCUCAACCCCGAUAGAUUUUGGUUUUGGGUACUUUCUCUCUCUCUCUCUCUCACUCUACAAUUUUGAGCAGCAAAGCACAAAUCUUUGUGUACUUUCGCCAGUUCCGUAUUACAGGGUCAGAUUUGAACAAGCUUGGGGGAAUUGCUGCGGUUAUAGGAGAGCUUGAUCAUGGUGAUGCAGGUACAAGAAAAAUGGAUGCUUGGGGUACUUGACGGGGCCAUUCAGAACAACCCAGUUGUUCAGAAGCAGGCAAUCAUUUUUUCCCUCUCUAUACGCGAUGGCCCCAUCGAAACCCAUUAACCACCAAAGCCACCCUGACCAGGUUGCCGACUCAAAACCCUCCACCAGAGCCCAGCACUGCUUCUCCAGCAGCUAGGACGAUCACCGCUACAGCCCGGCUCGGAGUGGCGGCCCACAGAGAAAACCAAGCAGAGACGGAUGUUGAAAUGUACUUGAAACCUUUAGCCGGGGGAACCCAGUUGGUAAAUAAAGACAAAAAAAGGAAAGGUCAGUUACUGAAUAAAAGGUAAUAUUUCGUUUUCGCAUUUAUUUGUGCUUUAAAAGGUUAGUAUUUAGUGCAAUAUAUGCAAACAAAAUCCCCUUUAUAAUCAUGUUCACUAAGAACCCAGUUGGGAAAUUUGAGACCUUUUGUUUGGGGAUUUAGUUAAAUUUGUUAGAUUUUUCAUGGAUUUUGGGAUAUUGUACUAUUUUUGUUCUAAUUGCUGCAUGAGCUUUGUAGUGGGGAAUUUGGCAUGAGAAGGAGUUUAAGGUCAAAGUGGAAGCAAUUGGCCGUGUUCACUGUAUGAAUCAAUUUAGUGAGGUUGAUUGGUUAUUGUGAGCUCAUAGGUAAUUUUGCUGAAGGAGUCAUAGGAUUAUCGCGAUACGUCAUCAGAAAAGCCAGGCAGGCAAGUGAGCUCUUUGCACUGAGCUGGGAAUCAACAAUGGUGAGCUUAAGAAGACACACACGCACUAUAGACUGGACAGCUGAAUCUAUCUCCCUUCGGCAGCGUUUUGGCGAAUCCGCUUGUGUUCAAUGGCCAUUUGAGCGAGGGCACUGAGAGCUCUGGGGUUUCGUUCUUGGUCCCCUUUUUGCUGUUCCAAGGUGGUGCGAUGGAUUUGUCAAAGGUCGACGAGAAGAUUCUGAGCUCCAUUAGGUGUGCCAGGUCGCUCGGCCUUCUUCCUUCUGCUUCUUUUAAGCCCUCCAAAUCGAUUCGAUGCGGUUCCCGCGCAAGAUGUGGCUGCUGCAGCUGUUGCUUAUGCUAUUGCUGGACUGCCUCCACAUCAAAGGUUUAGUUUCUCAACAAGCUCUGAAGAAUUGAGCUCAAUAUAUGGAAGCAGACAUCAUGGUCAACAAGUGGAGGAGAUAGAGGAAGAAUUCUAUGAAGAGUUGCUAUUGUGAUGACAUCGAUAGUGUCAACAUCAUGGACAUGGGGUUGUGGUUUGUCAACUAUUUCCCGGCCAAUAGUUUAUAACUAUUGCCCAUCUGUUCUGUUGAGUAAUUUUUUUAUUUCCAGAAUCUUCUAUCCUAUUGAUGCAUUGAGUCGAAGGGGAGCCGUGAGUUCACCGAAGCUUUCAAAUUUUGCCGACUCACUCAUUGAUUGGCAUGUGGUUUUUCAAGUUUUUGCAACCACUUUGGGUCUGGCAAAGGUAAUAAUUCUACUCUUCAUUCCAUAAGCUUCAUUUUGUAUGCCCAGAAAAAUUUGAAUUGAAAACGUGGAGUUUUAGGAAAUACCGAUGUUUUGUAAUUUUCCCCAUUUGUUGUUUUUUGCAAUUUCCUUGAUCUUGUUAGCCAUAUAAGCAUGUUUUCCUCUCUUCAUUACAUUCCGAAUUUUUAAAAUCCUUGCCUAUUCAGUGUAAAUGUUUCUGUGUUUGUUAUAGUUUGGUUUCUAGGUUAUAAUGUUAAUCAACAAGAUGCCAAACGAGGAGGGAAUCAUCACCCAGCUCUACUUCCCAAGAAAAUGGUAUUCAAUCGAAUCUAAUUGUUGAACGUAUACAUGAGAGUUAACAUCGUGUUUCUUUGUAAAUACCGCUGCUGACCAUAUUCAAGAACCAUUUUAAACAUAAUAGGUUCUAUUUGGAUGAUUAGAGUUUUGAACCUUUUCUUUCCCCCAAUUCCACAUGAACUGAUUUUGAACGGUUUAAUAGAUGAUAUUGAAGGCAGCCUUGCAAAGCAUCUGCCUGCAUGAUUCAAAUACCACAACCUCGGUUAUUGUUUUGGUGAGGUGUACUAUGUUUAUGAAAAUCUUUGAUUUGUGAAUAUUUUAGGCAUUUUGUCAGCAACUUGAGAUGAUUGUAAAGUAGUACAUUUACGUUGAUGCCUUUUACUUUACACGCGUAUUUUUUUCGUUGGAAUUAAACUUGCAAUGUACAGAUUUAUGCCAAGGAAAAGUCAAAGCCUUUGGAGCCUGAUAUUCUUUGUUUGAGUUUCUAUUACAAAAUUAGGGAGCUAUCCUGUCCAUUUAUGCUUCUAUUUAGUAAGAUUGGGGUGAUAAACAUUUCUAAGGUGUUUUCUGAGUUGUUUUGGAGCUGCAUUCAUUUCUUGGAAGACCACAUUAAGAAGCAUUUUGUUUAUUCGAUGUGCCGUCAAAUUUGAGUAUCUUUAUGUGGAAAUGAUUCAUAGAUGUUGCGGAUUAUAGUAGCACUUCGUUUUGAUUUGUAAACAAACUAUAUAUUGUCUUUGUCUUGGGUUACAAUAUAACGUUUAAUGAUUGAAUUUGUAAGGCGGUUUAGCAUUUUUUUCAUAAACUUACUAUUCCUACUAGAUUCUCAAGUAUUAUGUCUUCUGCUUUUCUACUUUCCUUUUUCUAUGUUUUUCCUCCAUAUAGUAGGCUGAUUACUUGAAACUAGUAUAUUGAUGACACAAUACGAUCUACAAAUGAAUGUUUCUUAUAGCUAUCCAUAUAUGGCAAGCAAAGUUUGACUUCAUUGGUUCUUAGGUAUUACGACGUCUUUUUAGUUGUCUUGUGUGAAAAUUAUUCACGCCUAUUGCGACUAACACAGUCCACACCCGCAGCAAACCGUGGGCACAUUUUCUAGUUAUAAGCAAAAUGUAUGACAUUGAAAUGUUAUAAAAAUGUUGUAUGAGGUCGUAAUUGUACCAAAAUCUAAAGAAGUAAAAUGUAUUACCCUUUUUACUUGCACAGUUUUCUGUUUGACGCCCAGUUUAGAAAGGAAUAUUAUAUCCCAAAAGUAUCACAUCAAUCAAAGAAAUUAAUUUCUCGCCUUUAUUAAUACAACGUAUUUGAAGGGCCGACCAUUCAAAGAAGGUAAUUAUUCCAUCGUAUAAUCUAUGAAACUUUUGUCAAAGAUUCCAAGAGUGUCCGACUGCUACUCGCAUUGAUGUGCAUUGGUUUAGAAAAUGCGGUCUCAUGCCGUAGAGGAUGGUUUAGAAAAAGUUCUCAUGCCGUAUAGGAUGGUCUAGAAAAUGAUUAAAUUUGAAGAUUAAAUUUGCAAAUUAAAUGAUGUGUCACCAAUAGGAAUGAACAUGUUUAUCAACGUUUAAGUGACUCACCAAUCAUUAACUUCCAUGUACUUUCGUUUUCAAAACUUUGUUCAUAACUUUAGUCUCCCUAACAUUACCGUUAGAAAAACUGCUCAUGCCGUAGUGAAUGGUUUAGAAAAAAGUGAGGCUGCCAAGUAUAUAUAUAGUCACAACUCUGGAUCGUUCAUUGCUCAUACACAUCACCUACUUCAUACACUAACUUUAUGGACAGAAGCAUGAGAGUUGUUUUACUACUAAUCAAGGUUCUAGCUAUUGCAACCAUUACUUUCAGUAUUGGUUUAUGCAAUGGAAUUCCCGAUUGGCCUCCGCUUUGCAAAGACGGCGAAAGACAAGCACUUCUGAUAUUCAAGCAAGAUCUCGAGGACCCUACCAAUCGGCUUUCGUCGUGGGUUGCAAAAGAAGGUUCAGACUGUUGCAGUUGGACAGGAGUUGUCUGUGAUCACAUAACCGGCCACAUCCACGAGCUGCACCUUAAUAGUUCCCACUCUGAUUGGGAUUUCAACUCUUUCUUCAGUGGUAAGAUAAAUCCUUCUUUGCUCAGUUUAAAGCAUCUCAACUACUUGGACUUGAGUAACAAUGAUUUCAGUACAACACAAAUUCCCAGUUUCUUUGGUUCUAUGACAAGUUUAACACACCUUAAUCUUGGAUACUCAUGGUUUGAUGGAGUAAUUCCUCAUAAACUAGGAAAUCUCUCCAGUCUACGCUAUCUCAAUCUCAGUAAUUAUAAUCUGAAGGUUGAAAACCUUCGGUGGAUUUCUGGUCUUUAUCUGCUGAAACACUUGGACUUGAGUUCUGUAAAUCUUAGCAAAGCAUCUGACUGGUUGCAAGUUACAAACAUGCUCCCUUCUUUGGUAGAGUUAGAUAUGUCCUAUUGUCAACUUCAUCAAAUAACCCCCCUACCCACCACAAAUUUUACUUCCCUGGUCGUCCUUGAUCUCUCUGGAAACAGUUUUAAUUCUUUGAUGCUGAGGUGGGUUUUCAGUCUUAAAAAUCUAGUUUCUCUUCGUCUCAGUGAUUGUGGUUUCCAAGGUCCAAUUCCUAGCAUUUCAAAGAAUAUCACAUCUUUGAGGGAAAUUGAUUUGUCUUUCAAUUCUAUUAGUCUUGAUCCAAUUCCCAAAUGGUGGUUUAACCAAAAAUUCCUUGAAUUGAGUCUAGAAGCCAAUCAACUUACAGGACAACUUCCAAGUAGUAUUCAGAAUAUGACUUGUCUUAAAGUUCUUAAUCUCAGGUGGAACGACUUCAAUUCUACCGUACCUAAAUGGUUGUAUAGCUUGAACAAUCUCGAGUCCUUACUUCUUUCUCGCAAUGCCUUACGUGGUGAAAUAUCGAGUUCCAUUGCAAACCUGAAAAGUUUAAGGCACUUUGAUCUUUCGGAUAAUUCAAUAUCAGGCCCCAUUCCAAUGUCCCUUGGAAACCUGUCAAGCUUAGUAGAACUAGACAUAUCUGGAAAUCAAUUUAAUGGAACUUUCAUAGAAGUUAUUGGUAAACUCAAAUUGCUAGCAUAUUUGGAUAUAUCUUAUAAUUCGUUCAAAGGUGUGGUGUCGGAAGUUUCUUUUAGUAACCUUACAAAAUUGAAGCAUUUCAUUGCAAAAGGAAACUCAUUUACUUUGAAAACCAGUCGAGAUUGGCUUCCUCCUUUUCAGCUUGAAAGUUUACGAUUGGAUUCAUGGCAUCUGGGAUCUGAAUGGCCAAUGUGGCUUCAGACACAAACGCAGUUAACAGAUCUAAGCUUAUCUGGUGUAGGAUUUUCAAGUACCAUUCCAACUUGGUUUUGGAACUUAACAUUCCAAUUAGGUUAUCUGAAUCUCUCUCACAAUCAAUUGUACGGGGAAAUUCAAAAUAUAGUGGCUGCUCCUGAAUCAGUAGUUGAUCUUGGUUCUAACCAAUUCACUGGUGGAUUGCCUAUGGUUCCCCCCUCAUUAGCUUGGCUAGAUCUUUCCAAUUCAUCAUUUUCUGGUUCUGUUUUCCACUUCUUUUGUGAUAGGCCGGAAGAACCAAAGCAACUUUCUAUUCUUCAUCUCGGGAACAAUCUUCUUACUGGAAAAGUACCCGACUGUUGGAUGAGUUGGCAAUACUUGGGAUUCCUAAAUAUGGAAAACAAUUACCUAACUGGGAAUGUCCCAACGUCCAUAGGAUACUUGCAACAGUUGGUAUCGCUGCACUUGCGCAAUAAUCACAUGUACGGAGAAUUACCACAUUCCCUACGAAACUGUACCAGUUUGUCAGUUGUUGACCUUGGUCGAAAUGGGUUUGUCGGAAGCAUACCAAUAUGGAUGGGUAAAACCCUUUCAAGGUUGAAUGUUCUUAACCUUCGUUCGAAUGAGUUUGAAGGAGACAUUCCUUCUGAAAUUUGUUACUUGAAAAGUCUCCAGAUAUUGGACCUUGCACGUAAUAAACUCUCUGGAGCGAUACCGAGAUGCUUCCACAAUUUGAGCGCCAUGGCUACUUUGUCAGAAUCAUUUUCGUCAAUGACGUUUACAGUCAGUAAUUCUGUUGAGGCUUCUAUAGUGGUAACGAAAGGGAUUGAAGUGGAAUAUACCAACCUCUUGAAAUUUGUAAAGAGCAUGGAUCUUUCAUGCAACUUUAUGUAUGGAGAGAUCCCUGAAGAACUUACCGACCUCCUAGCAUUGCAGUCACUCAAUUUAUCGAAUAAUCGCUUCACCGGAAGAAUUCCUUCAAAGAUUGGUAAUAUGGAACGGUUAGAGUCUCUCGAUUUUUCCAUGAACCAACUUCAUGGUGAAAUUCCUCCAAGCAUGACGAAUUUGACAUUUCUGAGUCACUUAAACUUGUCCUACAACAAUUUGACAGGACGAAUUCCGGAAAGCACUCAGCUGCAAAGCCUUGAUCAGUCUAGCUUCGUCGGCAACGAACUAUGCGGAGCUCCACUCAACAAGAAUUGCAGCGCAAAUGGGGUGAUACCGCCACCAACAGUUGAGCAAGACGGAGGAGGAGGAUACCGUUUACUCGAAGAUGAGUGGUUCUACGUGAGCUUGGGAGUUGGAUUCUUCACGGGGUUUUGGAUUGUGCUUGGUUCUUUGCUGGUAAACAUGCCAUGGAGCAUUCUUCUUUCACAGUUGCUGAAUAAGAUAGUGCUUAAAAUGUAUCAUGUAAUUGUUGAAUAUGUUUAGCUUUGUUUUGUACUUUGAGUAAGUUUGUUGUAUGAUUUUGUCAAAUUUCAUCCUCUUGUUUCAUUGUAUUUUUCUUUCAGGUUUAGCCUUAGAGGAGUUAGGUUUCAUGUCUCCCCCUCCCUUGUAUCAAUUUUUGUUUUCGUUUCUAGAGGGUAAGGUUUAUGUCCUCCCUUCUUACUCAAAGUUGUUUUUCUCCUUUUUCUUGGCAUUAUGAGGGGUAAGGUUUAUGUCCCCCCCCCCGACUAAGUGUAACUUUUUUUCGUUAUCAAUAAAAUAUCCUUCAUAUC